CGCCUCGCGCGCGACCUCCCCACCCUCUGCUACGCAGUUGUGGUGGGCGGGCUGACGAUCCCGGCGGCGUACCAGAGGUUGAGCAUGGAGCGAUACGCGAGGCUGGCGUCGCUCAACCUCUACAGAUACGAGCUCUUGUACCAGACCUUCUCCCUCACCUGCUACCUCAGCGCCAGAGACCACCUCAUCCAGCUGCUCAAGGAACCAUGAUCAAUUCAUGCUUUUUCUUUUCUUCUCUUCUCUUCUCUUCUCUUCCAUUUUUUCAUGGACAAUUGUUUUGUUUUGGGCUCCCUCUCUCCCUAUCAGCAGUUUCUUUUUCUAGCGUGCCUGCUUAGAUUGAUUGAGUUGAUUUGGUUGCUGCUGCUUACGGCUGUUGGUGUUGAAGACUAGUACAACAGUACUAGAUAUAUACUGUAAUAGAUUGGCUGGCUAGUUUGUUUGUUUGUUUGUUUGUCA